AUGUCAUGGCAGCUUCCUCUUUCCCGCGCGUCUUUGCUGACCUUCCUUGCGGGUCUGCUACUUGGCACGUUGUUCAGCUCCCUGCCGCUGCGGAGAUCCGGGAAAUAUGCGCAGCCAAGUGGAGUUGGUGCUGAUCUGGUGUUUGACACGGCCCCCGUGGCGAGUGUGCAAAGCAAGUACCAGAAGAUUGAGGUCUUGAAGUCGGACUUCUUCGGCCACAUCCUGACAAUCGAUGGAGACCUCAUGCUAACGGAGAGGGACGAGUUCAUCUACCAUGAGAUGAUCGUGCACGUCCCAAUGGCGUACGUUCCCACUGCGAGCCGCGCUCUUGUUGUCGGCGGUGGCGAUGGAGGCAGCGCGCGGCAGCUACUGCGGCGCGAGAGCGUGGAGAGCGUGACUGUCGUAGAGCUGGACGAGGAGGUGGUCCGGAUCAGCCGGGAAUUCUUUCCGAGGCUCGCGGAGGCAUUGGCAGAUCCCCGGGUGGAGUUACGCCUGGAGUCUGGUGCGGAUUUCGUGGCGCGGCAGGUUGCGCAGAAGGGAGCCGAUGAGAAGUUCGACAUCGCCAUUGUCGACUCCACUGACUUUGGUGCAUCGGAACCUCUCUUCGAGGAGGCAUUUCACCGCCGCCUCCGACAGCUGCUCGCAAAGGGGGGCGUUCUCGUCAUCAACCUCACGUCCCUGCCCUGGCAGCUGGGUCAGGUCCAAGCGAGCGUUUAUCGCCAGCGACUGCUCUUCAAGUAUGUUCGCGUGUUCCAAAUUUACCAGCCGACCUACACAUCAGGCCACUACUGCUUCGUGAUCUGCUCGGAUGAAAUUGAUGCCCUCGACACAGGCUCCGUGGACUGGCAGAGCUACGAAGAUGAAGAGCUCGAGAUGGGGUACUAUUCUCGGAGGGUGCACGAAGCUGCCUUUGCUCUGCCACAGUAUGCCGUGGCGGCAAUCUCUGAGGCGUUGGAGAAGGCGGUGGAUGACAGGAAGGCCGCUGCUGGAAAGGUCUUGGUAUACACCCUCUCCAACAUGAUCCUCUCUGUGAACUGCCAUGCGUUUCGCUUGGCCCUGCCUUGGCUAACAGCACCCUUGAACCUGAAGAUUGGAGCACUGGAGUUCCUUCCUAUGGUCGAGAUGACGUUCCUUCUUGUUUCCGGACUUGCCUCCGCGAGCAUGGUCUUCGUACGACCAGAGCAGCACCACCAGCUACUCACGGCUUUGCUGCUAUGGGUCAGUAUCUUCUUUUCUCUGUUGCCACUGUGCUGUGAGACGAUAAGCGCGGUGGUGCUCGCCUAUGUGGCCAUGAUCCUUCCGAGACCAUGGAUUUGGCAUGUGGCUGCCUUGCUGGUGGCAAACCUCCACGAGGAUCUGAGCAAGAGCAGCGCGGCACAGAGCUUUGCCCAGGGAGGCUUCGCACUGGGCUCCGUGGUGAUCCUCCUCCGAGACCAGCUGUCGUCUACAGAGUUUGGCCCUGAGGUGACCUGUAUCAUCGGAGCCGUCAGCUUGGCAAUGUCAGCGUUGUUCUUCGUGAGCCAGUGCUUGACGGCAACAAAGCGGCACACUUCCUUCCGUCCUCCUUCUCGCCGUGUGUCCAAAGUGUCCAACAAAUGGCCUUGCAGCUUCACCCUCGCAUGCUGCCUUUUGGCAUUUCUGGCCGCAGCAUUAGGUGGCUGCUCUGGCGACAUGGAUCCGGAGGUCAUGCUUGACUUGAACUUUGACGCGACUGCCGCGUCGGCGUGCAAGGUGACCUUCUACACCUUUCUCGCGCUGAGCCGCAUGGUUCUGGCUCCGAGCAUCCUGUGGUGCUAUGGCUCAAGGCCAAGUUGCGUCAUCCUGGCGGGUUCCGGCCUGGGUCUGCUGUCCUGUAUCCCGGCACUGAUCUGGCCCACGCAUCUCCCGGCGGUCUUGGUACUUGUGGCAGGCCUGGGAACGGGAGUCGGUCCAAUCGAGGCCAUGUGCAUCAGUAUGGUUCAGGAGUACAAGGAGCUGACCAGCAUCGAUAUGGCCAUGCUCUCUGUCUCUCUUACACUGGGGGCCGGUGCCGGUUCCCUGCCCGUUGUGGUGGAGGGUGUCAUUCCGGCUUUUGGUGCCGGAUCUUUUUUCCUCGUGAAGCACGUGAUGUGCUGGCUACUGCUAGUCGUAACGCUGAUCGUCGACCGCUGCUUCCUCCAGAAUGAAGACGAGGCCACAGGCGGUGACGGUUGCACAGACAGUCCUCAAAAGGAGUCCGGGUCCGGGGAGGCUCGCGAGUUGCGGGUUUAG